AUGUUUGUCAGGUCUGACGACUCGGGGUCGUCGGAUCUGACGUCCUACUACUACAUCGGCUGCGACAACAGCCGCACAAGCCUCAUCUCUCCCAGCCCUGGCCCUCCGCUUCGCUCCCAGCCACGACCCUCCGAUUCGCCUCCGGCCGCCGCCUACCUCCACUUCGUCGCCGUGAGGCCUCCAUGGCCGAGCUCGCCUCGUCGACCCUCGCGCUCACGCCGGCCCCCGCCCGCUCUGCAGCCGCAUGCAACAAGCAGUUCGCGCUCGACCGCCGCUCGCCUCCUCCACCCGCUCGAGCGCUUCCGUGACCGUGAGGCCCCGUCCCCGAGCGCGUCAGUGAGCCUCCCCGAGCGCUCCGGCGGCUGCGGCUGCCCGCCAUCCUCCCUGCGGCUGCCCGCCAUCCUCCCUGCGGCGCUCCGGCUCCUCCUCGCGCGGCGUUCCGGCCCCUCCCCACGCGGCGUUCCAGCCCCUCCCCGCGCGGCGUUCCGGCCCCUCCCCGUCAUCCGCGUUCCAGCCCCUCCGUCGGCUGUGGCUGCCCUCCGUCCUCCCCGCGCCUCGGACAAGGAGGCACCCAACGACGGGGAUGCUCACAGCCGCGCCUACGCCGUCCACGGACCUCCGCCGCUCCUCCAUCGCCCCUCCGCCGGCCGCUGUCGUUGCCAGGUGCUCACACUCGCCGGUGGAGAUGCGUCCCAGAACGACGACGUGGGUCGCCGGCGGUGGUACCCGGCGUCGUCAAUGACAAAGACGGGGCUUGAGCUCGUCUCUGGCGACGCGACCAGGCAGUUUUUUUUUUAA